AACGCCUCGUAACGGGUUGUAACGCCUGCUUAGAAACAUGUGACAGCACAACCAAAACAAAAACAUUGCUUUCAACUCCACUGAACUUACGUAAAAUUUCUAAACAAGCGAAACUUGCUCGAUUUCCGCCAGAAAUAUGGCACUUGUACGAUCAUUUCAACUCCUCGUCCCGCUGGUGGCACCCCGGUGCCUUCCCAUUCAGCAAAGUCUCGCCGGCAGCGUUGGCGCAGCUGGGGCACUGUCGGAAGCCGGCUCCAUUGUGGGGGGCGCGUGGUCAACCCUGUCAGCGCGCACCGUCAUCCGGAACCAGUUCCCGCGGGCCCGGGAAACGAAGCGCGUUCGCGUCCACGGCUGGUGGAAGCGCAUGGCCACGGCCGAAGGACGCCGGCUGCUGAUGCGGCGGAUCCUCAAGGGUCGGCACUCGAUCUCGCACUAGGGUUUGCGCGGGGUUGUUUUUUUUGUGAAUAUCGUUAGCAAUAAAUCUGAUCGCUUAAAUUGA